GUAAAUUUUAGUUGAGUUCUGUUUCGCAUGUAGUUCAAUGGUUCAAAUGUUGUUCGCAUUCGCAUUCGCAUGUUAUUCGUUGUACGUUAUUCGGGUGGGUCGUUUUUGUUGUAAUUUUUUAGUGACACAUUAAAAAUUGGAAAUUCUAGCGGCGCGCUUCUAAUUUAUGUUCAUACGGCAUUUCUGCAAGUUUUAUCUACUCCCUUCCUGUUGGAAAAUAUUGCGGUAGUGUAAAGUUAUUAUAUUUUCCUAUUAUUUGUGAAAAUGUUUGAAUAAGUGCAUACCUACGCUACUGAAAAUCGGAUUAGGUGGUGGCCGUGGUGACGUGACGGCAGUAAAAGUAGUAGCAACAGCGAAAACCGAAACAGUAGAAAAGAUAAUAUAAAAAUAACGUAGAAUAAGAAAAAUUCGUAACGAAAGCAGGAAAGGAGAAAAGCAAAGCUGGUCAAGUGCAAACGAAUUGUUGCUGGUCCGCUGCCUUGGAGUAGCACUUGGCAAGUUUGCGUCUUCUGCUUCCGCCGACUCGUGGUAACGUGGAAAGAAACGGACAACGGACGUGUUGGAAUCGAAUACUUGUUUUACGCGACGCGAUACGAAACGAAAUAUAUAGUGAUUAGUAAAAACUGGGGUUUUAAGAGUUAAAAAAAAUACUAGACAAACGUUUUAAAAAAAAGAUCUUUCACUGAUUAAAGUUGUAUACUGUCGUUUAGUUCUUUCUUUCUCUGCAAAUAUUUCGAAUAACAUACGAACGUAAUCAAAGGAGUGAAAAUUUGUGUUUUAAAAAAUAACAUAAUUGCGUGAUUAGUUCAGAAAGUGUACCAGCUUAGGAAGUGCGCGAACCGGGCUUGUGAAUUAACGUAACGUAUGCUAAUUAUUCAUCUUUUAAUCGAAUUGUCGCAACAUAUGCCGUAAAUCGACGUCAUGUUUAAGUGCAUUCCAAUAUUCAAAGGCUGUAAUCGCCAAGUUGAAUUCGUUGACAAACGUCAUUGUUCGCUGCCCAGUGUGCCAGAGGAAAUUCUACGUUAUUCACGUACAUUGGAGGAGUUGUUCUUAGAUGCCAAUCAUAUCCGAGAUUUGCCAAAGAACUUCUUCAGACUACAUCGUCUGCGAAAAUUGGGCUUAAGUGAUAAUGAGAUAGCCCGAUUGCCUCCAGAUAUACAGAAUUUCGAGAACUUGGUAGAACUCGAUGUUUCGCGAAAUGAUAUUCCAGACAUUCCUGAUGACAUUAAACACCUACAAAACCUGCAAGUUGCUGAUUUCAGCUCAAAUCCGAUUCCAAAACUACCAGCAGGGUUUUCUCAACUCAAAAAUUUAACAGUUUUAGGCUUAAAUGAUAUGUCACUUACCACAUUACCAGUUGAUUUCGGAAGCUUAACACAAUUGGAAUCAUUGGAGCUGCGCGAGAAUCUAUUAAAACAUCUGCCUGAAUCGAUACGACAACUGACGAAGCUUAAAAGAUUAGAUUUGGGCGACAAUGAAAUUGAAGAACUGCCACCUUAUUUGGGCUACUUGCCCGGUCUGCACGAGCUCUGGCUCGAUCACAAUCAGUUAGAGAGGCUGCCACCUGAAAUUGGGCUACUAACCAAUUUGACAUAUCUUGACGUUUCCGAAAACAGGCUGGAAAAAUUACCAAAUGAAAUCGGUGGUCUCGUGAAUUUAACUGAUUUAGAUCUGGCGCAAAAUUUACUUGAGACGCUGCCCGAUGGUGUCGCCAAAUUAAGUAGACUGACAAUUCUAAAACUAGAUCAGAAUCGUCUACAGAAGCUGAAUCCAACUAUAGGAUGUUGUGAAAGCAUGCAAGAGCUGAUAUUGACCGAAAACUUCUUAUCAGAGCUACCCGUAUCGAUUGGGCAAAUGACUAAAUUGAGCAACCUGAACGUGGAUCGCAACGCAUUGGAAUACCUACCGGCCGAGAUAGGGAAUUGUGCAAAUUUGGGCGUUUUGAGUUUGCGCGAUAACAAAUUAAAGCGACUGCCGCCAGAGUUGGGCAACUGUACGGUGUUGCAUGUGCUGGACGUGUCGGGCAAUCAGCUGCAGUACUUGCCAUACACUUUGGUUAAUUUGCAGCUGAAAGCUGUUUGGUUAUCGGAAAAUCAGGCACAGCCGCUGCUAACGUUCCAGCCGGACACAGAUGAGGCAACAGGUGAACAGGUUUUGACAUGCUUCCUACUGCCACAACAAGAAUACCAGCCGAUAACGCCAGACUACCCACCGGGUCUACUCUAUAGAUCGAGCGAAAAAUUCGAUUCGUCGGAGUUCCACGUUUACCAACAAAAAGCACGCGAACUUGAAACCGAUUCGGAUGGCUGGGAGGAGCGUGAAGCUUCUAGAACACAUUCCGUUAAAUUCUCUGAAGAAUCUACACAGGAGAAGGACACACCGUUUGUCCGACAAAAUACACCACAUCCGAAGGAGCUGAAGGCAAAGGCGCACAAACUAUUUGCCAAAGAUCGCAGUCGACCGGAGGACGGCAAUUUGGAUACAGUCUCCGAAGAAGCAUCAACAAAGUUCGCUGUUAGCGGCACCGCACGAAUCGGCGCUAAUUCCACCAUAGUAGAGAAUAUAGCUGAGACAAAACCCAUCUAUGAGAAUCAUCAGCAACAGCCGGUAUCGCCGAAAACGCCAACAACAGCGAUUUCAUUCGCCCCACAGCCUGUUAUUGCACAGACAGCGGGCACACAACCACAGUCUGCUGUUAAUGCCGCAACAGUACAUGAGCCGAUAGCAAGUGUUGCGCCCGAACAUGGCAAUGCCGCUGUAGUGGUGGCUGCAGCAGCAGUAACAGCGGCAGCGAGUGUUACCGGUGAUGAAGAAGAGGAAGACUUUGAUGAAUCGGAAAGGCGUGUGGGCUUUCAAGUUGAGGGCGAAGAUGAUGACUUCUACAAGCGGCCAAUGAAAUUGCACAGACGUGACACUCCGCACCACUUGAAAAACAAACGUGUACAACAUAAUCUCACCGAUAAAAAAUCAAGUGAAAUUCUCGCCAAUGCUUUGAAUCAAGAGAAGAAAACGUCACAGCUGGCUCCAGUUCAAUCGCCCAUCCAAGAAAACGAGGCUGCUGAGCAGAGUGAGCAACAACAAUUGCAGCAGCAACAACCAUUCGCCGCACCAAUCUCACCCAUACCACCGCCAACGGUGCCUGGUCCACUGUCAGCAGGACAAUUACUUGACGAUGCCGUGGACGGUCUCACCGAGCUGCGUCUCGAACAGUACGAAAUCCAUAUUGAGCGCACCACUGCCGGUCUGGGCUUGAGCAUAGCGGGCGGUCGCGGUUCAACACCAUUCAAAGGCGAUGACGAGGGCAUUUUCAUAUCACGCGUGACCGAGGGUGGCCCAGCGGAUUUGGCCGGCUUGAAAGUUGGCGAUAAAGUACUGAAAGUGAAUGGCAUAAAUGUGGUCGACGCCGAUCACUAUCAGGCCGUGCAGGUGUUGAAGGCCUGCGGUGCGGUGUUGGUGUUGGUGGUGGAGCGCGAAGUGACACGCCUAAUAGGCCAUCCAGUGUUUAGCGAAGAUGGCUCAGUCUCACAGAUAUCGGUGGAAACGCGACCGUUGGCCGCAGCGCAGCAACAUGAAAAAUUCAUUCCGGCACCGAUUGAAAUUAUUCCAGAACAGCAGCAGCUACAACAACAACAACAAAUACAACAAGCGCCUGCCAACUUCAACAGCUAUCAAGCGAAUGUAUUUACAACACCAGCAACAGCAACAGCAGCAGGACCAACAAAUGCGGCAAAUUUAUCACAACAGCAGCAACAACAACUCCAACCGCAACAUGUUGGAGUGGGUGCAACAAAUGGCGUUUUGGAAAAUGGCAAGGAUGCCCCUUUGAGCUAUUUACAACUACACACGACUUUAAUUCGUGAUCAAAUCGGACAGGGCUUGGGCUUCAGCAUUGCCGGUGGCAAAGGCUCGCCACCAUUUAAGGAUGGCUGCGAUGGAAUUUUCAUUUCACGCAUAACUGAAGGCGGUUUAGCGCAUCGUGACGGCAAAAUAAUGGUUGGCGACCGCGUGAUGGCUAUUAAUGGCAAUGACAUGACGAACGCCUGUCAUGACGCUGCGGUGCAAUGUCUCACUGAGCCGCAACGCUUUGUGCGUCUGGUGUUGCAGCGCGAGUACCGUGGACCAUUAGAGGCACCGUUGAGUCCACGCAGUCCAGCUGUUUUGAAUUCGCUCAGUCCUUCCGGUUACCUCGCCAAUCGACCAGCGAACUUCAAUCGCUCCAUCGGCGACAUGAUAUCAGAGCAAGCACAAACUAAUCUGCAACAUGCGCCCACAGCGGCACCCAUACUGGCACAGCAACAACAGCAGCAAUAUCCAGCUCAGCAACAAUUUAACUACACCAACCAGCCGUCGGCUUACGAAAUAAAUAAAACUGUUACGAUACCUAACGCCACAGCAGCAGCAACAACAUUAACUAGCGCUAGUGUAGGUGGUAACAAUGCCCCGAAAACAAAUGGUUUUACGACUGCGGCAACAACUGUGCCAUACCAACAGCCACAGCAACAGCAGCAGCAGCAGCAACAAAUCGAUAAGGUCACGGGUCAACCCGUGCCAGCUCCCAGGCGCGCAAAUUCCAUACCUUUGGGAGACGCGCCAGCGGAAGCCACACCAGCCAACGGUAAUGCCGCACAGCCCCCGGAUUCGGCGAAUAAGCCGACAGCGACACCGACUGCCGGCCCGAACACGGCCGCAGAUGCUUCUGCUGAAACUCAGGUGCCGCCACUCCGACCGCUGACUAGUGAAGAUUUCCAAGCGAUGAUACCGGCGCACUUCCUUAGCGGUGGCAGUCAACAUCAGGUGAAUGUGGCGCGUGGCAAUGAGGUGGGCGUUGGACCCUCGGUCACCGUAACGGUGAAUAAGGCUGUACCCGAUCUGCCCAUGUUCCCCGCGGCACCCACGGAGCUGGGCCGCAUUACCGAAACAAUAACGAAAUCCACAUUUACGGAAACCGUAAUGACGCGUGUCACCGAUAACCAUUUAGCGGAGCCACUGAUCAGUGAGGAAGUUAUCUUGCCGAAGAAUCAAGGGUCGUUGGGCUUCAGCAUCAUUGGCGGUACGGACCAUUCGUGUGUACCGUUCGGUUCACAUGAGCCGGGCAUAUUUAUAUCGCAUGUCGUGCCCGAUGGCAUCGCACACAAAUGUGGCAAACUGCGUAUGGGCGAUAGGAUUUUGAAAGUGAACGACGUGGAUAUAUCGCGUGCCACGCAUCAGGAGGCUGUAAUGGAAUUACUGAAACCGGGCGACGACAUCAAGCUGACCAUACAGCACGAUCCGCUGCCACCUGGCUUCCAGAUUGAGGUAGAAAUUUUACAAACUGAGGAAAUCACCAUUAGUAAAGCUGAAGGCGAGCGCCUGGGUAUGCACAUUAAGGGCGGACUUAAUGGUCAGCGCGGAAAUCCGUGUGAUCCCACCGACGAGGGUGUGUUUGUGUCGAAAAUUAAUUCAGUCGGCGCAGCAAGACGCGACGGAAGACUUAAGGUUGGUAUGCGCCUGUUGGAAGUCAACGGCCACUCGUUGUUGGGCAUCUCACAUCAGGACGCUGUGAAUGUGCUGCGCAAUGCUGGCAAUGAAAUUCAUUUGAUCGCGUGCAAGGGAUACGACAAAUCCAAUUUAAUUCAUUCCAUUGGGGCUGCUGGCGGCAUGAGCACAGGCUUCAACACAACAGGCAGUCGACAAGGUUCACGUGCUUCCGAAACCGGUUCGGAGCUGAGCCAAAGUCAGAGCAUGUCGAGUUUGGACCGCGACGAAGAUGAGCGCAUACGACAAGAUUUUGAAGUUUUUACACCGAAAACCGAAUCGAAUAACGACCCCUCAGUAUUGGCAUCUGUGGCGGCAUUGGCCCACUCGCCCACCACACCGCCGAGCGCUGGCGCUUUGCCGCAACAGCAUGCAGCUGAAAGCGACACAUCCAAGAGCAGUGCUCCACCACCACCAACAGCAACAACUCCCCAAGACGCACUCGCCACAUUUGCUAAUGCAGACAAAACGCUGGUGCAGUCUAAAGAAAAGAGUACCCCCGAGAAGGUGCUUGAAAUCGUGCGUGCCGCGGAUGCAUUCACCUCAGUUCCACCCAAGUCGCCAGCCGAACAUCACGAUCAGGAUAAAAUUCAAAAGACCACAACAGUUGUCAUUUCGAAACAUACACUCGACACAAAUCCGUCGCCUGCGUUGGCGGCUGCCUCCACUCCAACACACACGUCACCAACAACAUUGCCCACUGCGGGCACAACUGCGUCCACGACCAACACCACCACAACAUCACCACCUGUCUCGCCAGCGUUGGCCACAGCCAGCAGCCGAGAUGUGGCUGCGACAGCAGCAAGUGGCAAAACUGUGGCCGCGCCACCGACUCAGCAACAGAACAUUCAACAGAGGCGCACACCAACUCCAACAUCAAUACACAAAACGAGGACAGAACCCAUAGCUAAGCCUACAGACAGCCGACAAAAUCAGUCGAUUGCUCCCACGACAAACAAAGCCACGAAAGCCGAACCAAUUUAUAUUAUUGACGACGAGGAGGAAGAAGAAGAAGACGCGGCGGAGGAGGAGGAGGAGGAGGAACCAGCGGAUGAGCACGGUGACGACAUAGAUGGAGACGAAGAUGUAUUCGAUACAUACUCACCGAAUGCUUCGGCCGAUCAAGGUGAUACUGAUUCGGACUACUUUGACCGACCACGGCCUUCGCCACGUUACACCAGCGAUUCGGAGAAUGACUAUCGUCCGCAACGGCCCAAUCACGAAAGGCUGGGAAAUAUAUCUGGUCGAAGCACACCCGACCUUUCAGGUUCUGCAUAUGGUGGUCACCGUAAAUCGGUUAGUUUUGAUCUUAGCGGUGAUGAAAGGUCAAAAUCUGAUUAUGAACGCUCGAGAACGCCCGACGGUUACUCGCGUUAUUACGAUUCUGAACAAGAGUAUGGUAGUGCACGGCCGCGUUUACCACGCAAAGGUAUAUUACGUUCGGCCAGUCCGUCAUCGUCGAAUAACUCGACAUUGGAGCGUUGUAGACGCCCCGAAAAACUGCCGCCAAUAGUGCCUACAGUAGCGCGUAUUAAGGAAAUUGAUUCGCCUACGCUGCAACAUGUGCGCUCAUCUUCGCCUUUAGCCAGCCGAGGUGGAAGUGGUAGUAGUGGCUAUCGCAGUCCACCGCCACCACCCGAAAAGGUUACGGUGUCUACCGAGAUCGAAAGAGAAAAUCCAUUCCGUGAGGCGUUCCUAGACAACAGCAAAAGUGAUGAAUAUACUGAGUUGGCGAAAGCUAUGUCGAAAUCACCCUCGGCGCUCAGAUCACCACGUGAACAGUUUUUCUUUGGUUCGAAGUCGACGGAGAAUUUGUUAGGUGCAGAGCGUUCAGCUUCAAGCGGUCGUAGCACGCCUAGCACAGUUGUGAGUGCGCAGUCAAAAUCUACUGAAGAUCUGUUGUCAAGCUCAACCGGCGCCAAACCAAAACGCAUACCACCGCCCAUAUUGCCGAAACCGAAAACUAAGAAAGCUGAGCUGGUGCACAAUAUUGCGCUCGAUGCCUUCCAAAAAGCCGACGUAGGUUAUGGUGAUUUCACAGUCUUCGAACACGAUCCUACCACGAAUACGAUACAUGAAAUACGUUCGCCGCCACCACCAACAACACCAACCGUUCCAAUAACACCACCGCCGGUUGGUGGUAGUGCAAAACUUCCUGUGCGCGUAAAGACGCCACGUAGUCCAUCGCGACCGCGUGAAAGUCCACCUCCCCCACCCGUCAACUACUCAACGAUGCCAAAGCUUCCUUCGCCAAGUCCACACGUGAAAAAGAGCGAAGAGACUUACUACUUGGAGGUGCUUCCACCACCUCCGCCGCUCUCCGAUGACGAAAUACCACCUUCACAACGUCGCCACACUGAGUUUAUACACGAAAAUUCACCAGAUCACAUACUGGUUACUGAAGACGAACACCGCACAAUCAUGCUGCAUGAAAAUGAAGUGCGUAACCAGCUGCGUGGUGCGAGCAGAAAGUCACAGAUACCCGAACUGGGCGCACCGCACGAAGAAGCGCCACCAGUUCCACAUUACGCAAGCAUCAAACACUCGGUAAAUCCAUUUAUAGAUAGUUCAGAUGACAAUUUUGAUUCAUUACCUCUCCCACCACCGCCCGAACACCUGAUUUCCUCUGCGGCUCUGAAUCCCGGUUGUGAUAGUAGCUCCCAUUGCGAUAGCGAAUCUUCAACUAUUAACAUUGCUUCACCUAUUUCUUCCAUUACUUCUCCCAAUGCAAACAUGCAGCCAAGGUUGGAUCUCUUAACAUCAGCAGCAACAUUACAGGCAGGCAUUCCAUCCAAUAAUCCACUCUCGCCCACACAAAUUUUCCCCACAGCGCAAAUACUACCUGUUCAAUAUACCCAGCUACCACAACCCCAGCAGCCAAAUACCACUCACAUCCUAACUGGUCAAUUGGUCCCAAACAGUGCGAGCCAUCACUUCUCUAAUUCCCCACAGAACCAGUCGCUAUUCACGGUAGGUGGUCUCGUACUGCUGCCACAAGCACAGUUCACUGCUGCGACGUCGCAGGUGUCAUCAUCGUCGUCAUCGUCGUUGGUUACUACACCUAUUUUCUUGACCACUAGCGGUGGUGCGACGUCUGCCACCACUGGUGUAUACAUGAAACCUCAACAACUACAACAACGAUCGCCACAACUGCAUCUACAUCAGCGUACCGUACUGUCACCUACAUCGGAUUCCAUUACAACAACAAAAGUGCCUAAAUCGGUUUCUGAUAAGAAACGUUUCUUUGAGUCAGCCAUGGAAGAUCAACACAAACCAUCACAAAAAACAGAAAAAGUUUUUUCAUUCCUGUCAAAGGAUGAAGUUGAGAAGUUGCGCCAAGAAGAGGAGAGGAAAAUCGCAACACUGCGUCGUGAUAAGAAGACGGGCUUAUUGGAUGGAGCCGCUGCAAAUGGCAAUGAUGAGUAUGAUGCUUCCAAUAAUAAUUCUGCCGCAGCCAACAGCGCUGCUCACGCCGCCACCAUACCGUGCCUUGUCGGUGAACACCGAAAACUACAACAACAACAACCGCAUGAUGGCGGAACUUAUGGGGCGAAUUAUGAUUAUGACGACGACGAUAGACGGCUUGUAGUUGACCAUCGUCACGUACUGCGCGAUACCAUUGUCGAGCGGGAUAAUUGUGAUGCGGAUGACAUGAGUGUUGCUGAAUGCACAACAAUAACAACAACAACGACAACAACAAGGAUCGAAUCAUUGACGACACCACCACCAACACCAGCAACACCACCAACACCAGCAGCACAGUCACAGUCACAGCCACAGGCAUUAGUGAAGAGUGGCGAAGCGACCGAACCGCCAACAAUACGACUCAAGCUCGAAAAACCGAAGAAAUCGAAAAAGACAAAAGCGAAAUCAAAAGAAGCCGCAAAAGCGCCGAGUGUGAGCACAACACCCACGGACGAGGGCGUCGCGGUUGAGCUUGUCGCCCACCGAAAAGCUCCACCACCGCCAACACAACCGGCGCAAGCCAACGCACAGCCGCCCGCACAGCCGGCAGCACCUGAGUGGGUGGCCACACCGUUGGCCGCAUUCAAAUCGCCGGCACUAGUUAAGUCCUUGACUGAGUCGACACCUAGCGCAGCAGCAACAACAACAGCCACAGCAACACCAGUAACAAUAGCGCAGUCGUUUAAGCCUCAAGUAGAUACUGCACUUGCACCGUCUGUAGCAACAAUAGCACCCGCCCCCGCACCACGUACCACAUCAACUCAACAACUAAGUAGCACUGUAGCGCAGUUUGUGGAUAUUGAACGACAGCACGCUGAUGUCCCAAGCGAUUACAAUGACGCCGAAGAUACGGCGAGUAGCAUUGAGAGUGUUAUUGCUGCGACGACGCCAUUAGCCAUUUUAUCGACCUCAACGACGCGCUUGCCCAACCAACAGAAGCCGUCACUGUUGCCGAAACCCAAAGUGAAAGUUGUCAUACCACCUGCAUUGUUACUGCAACAAACGCAACAACAACAACAGCAACAAGAGGAAGAGCAACAACAGGACACGUCACCGACCACACCAUCCAGUCGCAUCCCCAUACGCACUGCGAAUGCGGAGCGGCGCGCGCUGAAGGCGGCAGCAGCAGCAGCUGCUGUUGGCGGUGCAGUGGCUGGGACGCAAGUUGAAGCUGCUGCUACUUCCGUUGUGGUUGAGCGGUCAUCAGAUGCGGUUCAACACGAGCAGUCACCGUCUAAUGGGUUGAAGAGCAAAGCAAUGAUUAAUGCUGAGAAACGCGCGUCUUGGCGCGCUGCUCGCUUGCGCUCAUUGGAACAGGGCGCUCAGGAGGCGCAGAGCGUCAUACAGAAUAUGAACAAAAUCGCUGAUGAUCUGCUGACGACACCCGUCGCCACCGAGCAGACUAAAAAGAUUGUUUUUCCAAAAAUCGCCAUUAAAUCGAGCGAUGGUCCGGUUAUAAUACGUGAACGUGAAAAAAUACUCGAUGAAAAAAUUGUGCGCCGCACCGAAGAGGUGCCGUGUCCGUUAACGGGGCGACCUCAACUGCGAACUGUCGAGUACAUUGAGAAAACCAUCGAAACUGAGGUGGAAACUUGCCAGGAGAAGAUAAUCUCAUUAGAGUUGCAAGAUCCAGAAAACGAUGAUAACGACAGUGACGAUGGCGGAAAGGACAAAAUUAGCAAUCCAUUUGCAUCAUUGCAACAUGCUGCAAGUGCGAACCAGCAGUCAGCCACAGUGCUGGCAGCAGUAACACAGGCAAUCACAACGGUCGAAGAUGAGACGUUGGAGGAUGAGGAGCCGCCGGAGUUGUUGAGGGAAACUGCGCUACUGGACACUGUCGACGAGGAUGACGAUGAGGAAGAUGAAGAGGACGAUGAUGACGAUGAUGAGGAUGAGGACGACGACGACGACAGCGAGGAGGAAGAGGAGGACGAAGAUGAAGAGGAUGCCGCCUCCAUUGUGACUGUUCAUGCAAAUAAUGAAAAGCUCUUCCUACGCACCGACGAUGAUUCCGGUCCAUCUGAUGAUUUCGACAGUAUUGGCAUGUUCGGUCCUUCGUCCAUUGAUAGCGUGUCGUCCAUAUCAAAGUUGCGUAUACAGCCCGUGCCGAUAACAAUACACCAGACACUGGCUAAGGAAGUCGUCGUAACAGCGCCUGUUGUGCCAGCUGGAGUACGCACAACAACGAAAACCGACUAUCCAGCACACAGUAUAACCACAGCUAGCACAAUUGUGGAGGUGGUUAAUCCAUUGAUAACCGGUGAGGGGCAGGUAAAAAGUUUGGCGGUGGGAAGCACUGCUCAACGCGAAUAUCCAAUUUUCGACAAUGAAAUAGAGAAGAGCUUGCGGUCGAAGCCAUAUGAUGACCAUAUCGAAGAUAUUGCCAGGCGGAAAGGUGGUUAUGACGAAGCAGCGGAAGAUGAGCGUGAUGAUGACGAUGAGGCUGAGGAAUUUUCAGCUGCAGCGACAGGAGUGUUACGUAGCGACACGUUUGUCAUGCCAGUAGUGCGGCAACAACAGCAACAGCGGCCACCAGAGGAACUCUCAUUGAAUGCCAAAAUGAAGAAUGUGUUGGUGGAGUUAUUGGAGAACGAGCGUGUUAAAUUGAAUUUGCAGAAGAGUCUGGAGGAGGAUGAAGAUGAGCAGCACGAACUCGCCUAUGGGGAUUCUGACGAUGAACAAGACAUGGUUGACUAUGUUGCAACACAUGGUGCAAACCCCAGUGGGAUAAGCCGUUCUGCAGCUAGAGCUGUUAGUGAUGAUAACGGUAAUGAGCGACUGCUGCAAGAGCUAAUAAGAGACAGUAAUAGGAAUACAAUUAAAAAGCUAGCAGUUGGUUACGACGAUGAAGAAAGCGAGGAGGACGAUGACGUUGACGAAGAGGAUGAAGAGGAAGAGUCUCUAGAUUCCAGUGACUCGGAAGAAGACGGCGAAGCUGACGAUGAUGAUGAGGCUGUAAAUAUAACUUUUGUUGAUGGUUGUCAAGUGAUUGAGAAUCCCAAUGCGGAGUCAACGCUAAAGUUGCAAAAAUCACAAACAUACACUUCGAUGAAAGAGGCGGAUCAGACCGAAGCAAGCAAGCAAAGCGGCGCCGCACAAGAAGACGUCGACAAGGACAUCGAACACACUGUCGAAAAACUACAAGCCGAACAACGCAAGCUCGAAGAGAUCACAAAACAACUACGCAAAUCGGUAGAAAAUCUGCUGGCCGAUGACGACGAAAUCGCGACGGCAAUCAGCCAAGCAGUAAUAGACGACGAGGACGAUGCGGUCAUUCAAAAACCGAAGCAAAAUGUUGUGCACACUGUAGAAACCAAGACUGUCAUCGGCGACGAUGGUGUCAAGAAAACCAUCAUCACCGAGACGAUACGCAAGCCAGAGCAUAAACAAACGCAACGCGAACCGCAAGACGAAGAGUCCGGCGAGGCACUUUUCAAUAAACUACUGCACGCCGGCGGCGAUCACAAGCAGAUAUUCGAUCAGCAAACGGGCGAGAGUGUAAUAACGACCACCACCACCGAUGCCGACGGCACUGUCACCACCACAACAACCACAAUUUCGAAUGUGAUUAAAAGCGGCAUCCCCAGAGCGGUGCUGCUGAAAUCAGAAGCCAGCACAGCAGGCACCAGCAGCAGCAGCGGCAGCAGCACGAGUGCGCACACGAAACCAGAGAAGCAACAACAUAGCAAACAAAAACGUAAAGGGAAGAAUGGCAAGAAGUAAAUGUGACACAAAAUAAAUGGCAAGGCAUUGCACUAAAUCUAACAGGCAGCGCUGCACAGUGCAGCAACUGUGUACAACUGCAUGCAGUGGCGUACAUAUUUAUGUGUAGGGGGGAAAGAAUGAUAAAUAUGUGGAAACAUAUUUACUCUUUCUGCAACCAGUUGCAUUUGAAGAGAGGAGUAGUGGGUGUAUAUAUAGUAUAUGCAUAAACAUAUUGUGUAGGAUUAUGCAACACAAGCGAGUAGCGAGUAUAGUAUAUACUAGUUAGCAAUGUAUACGAGUUUAAGUGUCCAAUAGUGGAGCUGGAGAUGGGAUCAGCGAUUGCGCGGGCGUAACUUAACAGGCGACAGCAAGUUGUAUAUUUGGCAAUUUGUAAAAAUUUCCAAAAUUGCGCUGAAAAUAUAAGUGAAUGAUGAAUCGUAGAAAAAGAAAAUUUUUAAUAUUUUUUUAAAUGAUAUUUUUAAGUUUACUGGCAGCCAAUAAUGCAAUUUAUAUAGAGUGGUCGAAAAAGUGUUUUCGUAUUUUGUCACUUAAUUGAUUAAUAAAAAAAAUUUAAUUCGGGAAAGCUGUAAAAAAGCUACAGCUGUUCAAAAGUGAGUGAAAGUAAUGAAGAAAUUCGCUAUAUUUCGAAAUACGAAAAUACCUUUUCGACUACCCAAUAUUACUUCAAAGUGUAAGGUAAAGUAAUUAACACGAAAUUGUAACGAAAACUAAGCCGUUAUUUAUUGCGAUUUGCAUGUCGCAUGUUAUUAUAGCCCCAGCGCCCAAUAUAUGAAUCCCGAUUUUAUAUUUUUACCGUUUUAUGAUAUUUUAAUUAUUUACAUUUGCUACAGCAUAUUAUUUAGUUGCUGGUUAUGAUUUACGUUUUCAAUUAACCACCAUUUGCAUUUAUCAUUUGUAACUAAUUUAGCGUCCAUAAUAUAAUUUGUUGUGUUUAUAUGCAUUUAUAAUGACGAUACCCAAACGACAUUAGUUUUAGUGAUCCCACAAAAAUUCUCAAGAAAUGCUAAAAUCCAACACGUUUUCGUUGAUUGAUUUUCUAAGCGAAAGAUUUCAUUUAAUUAAUUUAAAUAAAAUUUUUAUUUGCUUAUUUGCUAACGAACUAAUUUUUACAUUUAUUUUUGCCGUCUUUUUAUACUUUAUUUUCAAUGCUUCCCCAACGUUUAUGCGGUUUGUUUUGCUUUUAGGCGAAAAAGUAGCGUUGCAGACGCUAAAUGACAGGCUGAAAAUAGCUUGUAGCGCAAGUAGACCCUAAGCUUGUUUGCUACCAAUAAGACGAUGAGCAAGAUAACGCUUGAAGAAAUUAAAAAAAAAAUCUAAUAACAUUAUUUUUAUUUUUAAAUAUAAAUUUAAAGAUAUUAUUUUUAUUAAAAAAAAAUAAUAAAAAAUUGAAAAAUAUUAUUUUUAAAGCAAAUGAAAAAUAAUUUAAUGCAAAACAAAAAUAAUAAAAAAAAUUGAAAAAUAUUAUUUUUAUUUAAAAUAAAAAAAAUUUUUAUUUUUGAAAAGUUAAAAAUAUUAUUUUUAAAGCAAAUGAAAAAUAAAUAAAAAUGAUUUAAUGCAAAAAGGAAAUAAUAAUAAUAAAAAAAUUGAAAAAUUAAAGAACAUUAUUUUUAUUUAAAAAAAGUUUUAUUUUUAUUCUAAAAAAAUUAAAAAUAUUAUUUUUAAAGCGAAAGAAAAAUACGAAAAUUUAAAAACAUUAUUUUUUGAGCAAAAAUAAAAUAAAUUAAAAAUAUUUUUACGAAAAAUUUAAAAAAAAAAAACGAAAUUAACGAGAAUUUUAACGAAAUCCAAUCAGACAAAAAAUUCGUCCUUUUAGUAUGUAAUUUGACCUGUCCAAAAUUAUACAUUACCAAAAAAAAAGUGAAAAAAUUUAUUGCAAAAAAAAAUUAUAAAAAAUGGAAAACGAAAUAUUUUUGGUAUUUUAUAUUUUAAACUACGAAUGUGAAAAAAUUUAUUAAAAAAAAUAUGUUACAAAAAUAAAUUUUUUUUAAAUUGGAAAACGAAAUAUUUUUUAUACCACAAAAAUAUUAAAGAUUCUCAAUUUGCUGAUUUCGCUUAAAACAACCUUAAAAAUAUAUGUAUGAGUAUUUCAUCUUAAGUAAUUCUAUGUAAUGUUUUUUUUGUUGCAUCAUUCCGUACGUAAUUUGAUUUCUUUACAAUAAUUUAAUAAUAAAAUAGCAAACUGAAUGUAUUUUGCAAUAGACUUAAGUUACAUUUACACACACACGUACACAAAAAUACGUUUAACGAUUUGUCUAUAAUAGUAUGUGUGUGUGUAUGAUGCCUACAGAUAUACUUAUUUGUAAUGCAAAUUGUAAUUGAAUUGUACGGUAUUAUAACAUUAGAUAUACAGACAUACAAACUUUCAUACAGGUGUAAAUUCAAUGCACAACUAAUAAAUUAAGAACAGCGUGUGUCACUGCGGCUAAGACGCAGACACACAAAUAUACAAACAUACAAACAUGAAGCAUCAUUUAAAUAUACAAUAUAUCAGCAAUGUGGCAGCUCACUGCUACCAAACACACAUACAUAUGUAAACAUGCAUGUACAACUGUACAAUAGCUACAUGCACACACACACGAACACAUUCAAAUGCAUACAAGUAUGCAUGUAUGUGUAACCCUUAACUGAGCAUAUGCAACCUGCAGAUGCUGAGUUAAAUUUGUAAAGUGACAAUUUUAUAAGAACUUUGAACAAAGAAAAAAAGUUGAAAAUAUUGCAAACAAAUUAUUGAAUAUAUUUUAUAGUAGAUAACUGAAUUUAAAUGUAAUAAAAUUUGAAUUACUUUUAUUAAGAGAA